UCUGGGAGUGUUCCGAUGAGAAAUAGUCCCGAUGUCAGCUUUUGGUCUGUUUUGAUGUAGUUUUUGCGCGUGUGUAUAAUUUCGAAACUAUUUUCGGUUGAAUACGUAUUUGUGUUAUUCGUGUGUCAAUUUUGGGAUUUAUUUGUUAGUGAACUUUUAAUCAGCCAUGAAUUGGUCGUACGAUUAUUACAACCCGAACUUUUCCAUUCCCUUUAUGGACCUUAAUGGCGAGUUCGAGGAUACCCUGUUUGAGUACCAUAAACCUGAGAAGAUUGCCCUUCUUUGUAUCUAUAUCCCAGUGUUCUUCCUGGCCCUAAUAGGGAACACGUUUGUUCUAGUCAUGUUGUGUAUCAACAAACGGUUCAGGAGGAACAUCGCCAACUUCUUCCUCGUCAAUCUGGCUAUCGCUGACCUGCUGGUGACGCUGUUCUGUAUUCCCCUCACCACAGCACAGCAUGUAUACAGUCCGUGGAUUUACGGAGAAUUUCUAUGCAAAGCUAUUGGAUUUAUGCAAGGUAUGUAUGUUGAAGCCAGUGUCUUGACAAUCGUCUGCAUGAGUGUGGAACGGUACCUGGCCAUACGACACCCGAUGCGCAUGCGCACACUGUGCGAUCCUCGCCGCGUGAAGCAGGUGAUCAUAAUCACGUGGGUGGUUGCCAUCAUCACAAUGUGUCCCCUUGCCAUGUACAAAAAGUUGGAGAAAUACAACGUCAUGUUCAUGGAAUUAUCAUAUUGCAUAGAAAAUUGGCCAUCGCCGCGAGCCAAACUUUGUUAUGAGUUGUUUCUCAUGUUUAUUGUGUACAUUAUGCCUGGUUUCGUCGUAGUUGGAUUAUACACUGUGAUUGGCUGUAGCCUAUGGACCCAGGAUCACACUUUACAGCGAGCAAAUUCUAUGGUCAAUAACGAAGCGAGGGUUAUGGGAGGUCGACGUAAACUAGCCCGGAUGAUGAUUGUUAUUUCGAUUCUGUUUGCCGUGUGCUGGCUACCUUAUUUCAUUAUAAAUCUGUGUAUUCUAUUCUCACGUGACACAUCUAUUCCCAUGAGCCUCUACCCUUACGCAUUGUUGCUAGGACACGCACACAGUGCACAGAAUCCGAUUCUGUAUUUUUUCAUGCACAGAGGUUUCCAUGACUUUGUGUGGCGACUCAUUCGCUGUCAGUGCCAGCAGUUACGGAACAAUCGACAGGUUUCUGUUUCUGCUCAUCCAGCAUCGGAAAAAACGAUGAUGACGUCAAUUCGAAACGGUAACAAGUAUUCAUAUAGAGGAACUGCACGUGGAAAACAUGUUUGACGAUUACACGCGACUUUCUCAGGAUACCGGGUAUAUAUUCACUCUCGACUGGAACCUAUCCUUAGAUAUAUACUUACAUGGAGGGGCGUCAAAUCUUGUGUCGUUAUCAUAUUUUACCAUUACUAUAAAACAUAACUUACAUUAAGAUAUAUGCCACGCUAUACUGUAUACUUUAAAUUUGGUUACUUCUGGCGAAUCCUUAAUUAUUUACGCGAUAUAUUCAGAAGACUUAACGCGAGAAAAUGGAAGUAUUUGCGUAUUGCCCAUAGACUGAUGAAUACAUUUUGCUGUUUAAAUAUGUGUUACUAAAGAUAUGUGAACUGUUUGAAUCUUCAAUAAGCGAACGUAUAUCUCGCCAACUUUAAGCGAUUAACAGUAAAAGUUUCGCAGGUUGUGUAGAAAUAUGGUACCAAUUCAGUGCGAAAGAGGCGAUGGGAUUGGUGACGACCUUUGAUGCCUGACAUUGGAAAGAUGAAUAUAUACAUGUACCCUACGUAGUUUGUUAUGUAAAUUUGACUGGGCGACUCGUUGUGCCUCUAACAUGGAUGGACAAAUAUAACUAUUUGCAUGACCUGUGAUAAAUUUUAAUUAUGAAAGUUUAAAAUAUUAGUCAAUGCUCAAUUUUAAUCAUUAUUACCAUUUCUGUCAUCCUUCACUCCACGAAUAAAAUGAUGCAUCUGCUUCAAAGCGUCAUAAAACUGUUUAGACGGUCAUUUUGAAUUUAAAUUUACCAAAUUAUAUACUCCAGAUUAUAACUUACAGAAAUAAUGAAUGUGUUAAAAUGUAAAAUGAUGAUGAGUAAGUCGAAAGCCUUGUCGAACAGACUGUUAGACAAACAAAUAUAAUUCACAGGUUUUUCACAGUGCUACGUUGACUGACAGUGAUCUAGGUGGGAACCCUGGCGAACAGAAUUACUUAACAUACAAACAGAA